GGGCCAUACUUAAGGAGUCCUGGGUCUACCCCCACACCUGAGAGCUUCACUCCAACCCGAAGGGACCAGGCUCCGUCCUUCCCUGAACGACCUGCUGGCUCCCAUUCUGCAGACAGCCUGAAUGAGGAUGGUUGCCCACAAGACUGGCAGAGGUGGAACAACCGUGGGCACAUCACCUGCAGAUUGUAGGCAUCUGACAUGUGACCCAGCUACAGAGGACGUACAGGAAGAGGCCUGCGGAGGAAUACGUAGAGGGGACCCCCUGCAACAGCCGCCCGUCUCCAAACUACGGACAGACUCUCCGCCAUUUGUGGAAAGCAGAGGCUCGUGGGACACGAGGAGGAGGGAGCAUGCUUUGCCCCACCCAAAUGGGGGCCUCCAAUCCAAUCAAUGAGGGGAGGUCUGUGCCCCAAGAGCCAUCAAGGAGCACAAUUAACAAGGUUGGAGAUAGACCAGAUGAAAUGUCUUCUGAUGAUAGAAAGAUACAGAUGCCCUCCUGCCAGCCUGGCAAGAUGCCUGCGCCAUGGCUUUGGUGGCUCCAGCUCCUCCUUUGCAUCCCAUCCUCCAUAGCGGUCUUGCCUGGCCAGGCAGACGAGUUGAAAGUGGCCACCCAGACGGGCUGGGUGCGUGGCAUGCGGAUGCCCGUUCUUGCCGGCCACGUCUCGGCCUUCCUGGGCAUCCCCUUUGCGGAGCCUCCCGUGGGCAGGAUGCGCUUCCUGCGUCCUGAGCCUGUCAAGCCCUGGCAGCACAUUCUUGAUGCCACUUCUUACCAGCGCGCCUGUUACCAGAUGGUGGACAACACCUACCCAGGAUUCCACGGCACGGAGAUGUGGAACCCCAACUGGGGAAUGAGUGAAGACUGCCUCUACCUCAACAUCUGGGUGCCCUCCCCCCGCCCAAAGAACAUCUCUGUCCUGGUCUGGAUCUACGGAGGGGGCUUCUACAGCGGCUCUGCGUCCCUGGAUGUCUAUGAUGGCCGCAUCCUGACCUAUACGCAGAACGUCAUCUUGGUGUCCCUCAGCUACCGCGUGGGGGCCUUUGGCUUUUUGGGCCUCCUGGGGAGUCAAGAGGCGCCAGGGAACAUGGGGCUGCUGGACCAACGCUUGGCCUUGCAGUGGAUCCAGAACAACAUCCAGCAUUUUGGGGGCAAUCCGAAAGCGGUCACCAUCUUUGGGGAGAGUGCUGGGGCCGCUUCAGUGGGCAUGCACCUGCUUUCUGCCCAGAGCCGCACCCUCUUCCAGCGGGCUAUUCUGCAGAGCGGUGCACCCAAUGCGCCGUGGGCCACCGUGACACCUGCAGAAAGUCGGCGCCGCGCAACCCUUCUGGGAAAGCAGGUGGGCUGCCACUUCACCAAUGAUUCUGAGCUGGUCAGUUGCUUGCGCUCUAAAACCCCUCAGCAGCUGAUUGAUGAGGAAUGGUCUGUCCUGCCCUACAAGAGCACUUUCCGCUUCCCCUUCGUGCCAGUCAUUGAUGGGGACUUCUUUCCGGACACCCCCGAGGCCAUGCUCAGCACGGGCAACUUCAAGGAAACCCAGGUGCUGCUGGGAGUGGUCAAGGAUGAGGGCUCCUACUUCCUGAUCUACGGGGUGCCCGGCUUCAGCAAGGACAAUGACAGCCUCAUCAGCCGGGAUGACUUCCUGGAAGGAGUGCGGAUGGGUGUGCCACACGCCAACGACAUCGCCACCGAGGCCGUCGUGCUACAGUAUACCAACUGGCAGGAUGAAGACAGUGGGGAGAAGAACCGGGAAGCCAUGGAUGACAUUGUGGGGGACCACAACGUCAUCUGCCCAGUCAUGUACUUUGCCACCCAAUAUGCAAAGCGCGGCAACAAGGUGUACGCCUAUCUAUUUGACCACCGGGCCUCCAACCUCGUCUGGCCCCUGUGGAUGGGGGUCCCCCAUGGCUAUGAGAUCGAGUUUGUCUUUGGACUGCCCCUCAACGACAGCCUGAACUACACAGCCCAAGAGAAGGAGCUGAGCCGCAGGAUGAUGCGUUACUGGGUCAACUUCGCCCGGACAGGGAGCCCCACUGACCCUGCUGAGGACAGAGCUUGGCCUGCCUACACCACCUCCCAGCAGCAGUAUGUCCAGCUCAACACCCAGCCACUGGCCACCCACCGCAGCCUGCGUGCCCAGAUCUGCGCUUUCUGGAACCACUUCCUCCCCAAACUGCUGAGCGCAACAGACAACAUUGAGGAGGCCGAGCGGCAGUGGAAACUGGAGUUCCAUCUCUGGAGCGCCUACAUGAUGCAUUGGAAGAGCCAAUUCGACCACUACAACAAGCAGGACCGCUGCUCGGAGCUGUGAUGGGAAGAGCUGGAAUCAGCUCCCAGAUACCACCCCCCCAACUUCGCUGACAAGGAGCCGGUUUGUCUCUUGGUCCAAAGCACCCGGAGGAGCCCAGCACCAGUCUCCCCACCCACCGCAGCAAGUUGAUCUACUGCUCCUUGGGGAGGCCACCCCCUUGGUCUCAAUUUCCCCUUGCCAGCUCUCCAGCCCUCCUCAUCCUGUGCCCUGAGCCUGCCCACUCAGCAGGGAUUUGUAUAUAUUUAUUUAAAGAGAAAAUGUGGUAAAUAUAUAGCUAUAUAUAUAUAUAUAUAUAUUUAAUCUAUAUCUAUAUUUGAACUGUAUAUAGAACCAGAGCUGCGGCAGAUGCUGCCACAGGCGAACCCCACCUUUUGCUUUCUUCCAGUCGACCCCUCCCCCGCCAAUCGCAGACAGCUUCCCGCCCGGGGCUAACCACAGCCCUCCCUCCCACGGACUCAGGGCCUCGUGACCCGCCCGCUUCCCUCAUGCCUGACCGCCGCACGCGGAGCUCUCAUCUGUGUUUGACAACAAUAAAGUUGUGGAUCCUGA